AUGCUACACCCUGAACGAUCUUGCCGCCCUUCAGCCGAAGAACUAGAGUUGAUUUGGUCAUCGAUGUCCUCUUUAGGCAAACCCAGCACUUGCAAUUGCGUUGGAAACGUGAAUUUAAUGGAACCAGACGAAUUAAGAUAUGCGUGCAGAUGGGGGUCAGAAGGCGAUGUUGGACGCUUGCUCGAUAUUGGUAUGGACCCGAAUACCAUGGGCGCGAUCCACCAUGCAGCUGAACGUGGCUCAAAGGCUAUUGUGCAAGCUUUGUUGAAUGGAAAUGCCAACGUGGACACUACUAACCCAGUUGGGCAAACGGCACUCCACUGUGCUUCUCGAAAUGGUUUCGAUGGUGUAGUUGAACUCUUGUUGGAGAAUCAAGCCAGUGUUAAUGCUGAGGACGAAAAUGGCCAGACUGCACUCCAUGCAGCCGCAGCACAAGGUUACGUGAACAUCGUCAAUAUUCUACUAGAGGCAGGCGCAGACACGUAUUUGGAGGAUCUGGACGGAGACACAGCCAUCCAUUUUGCAGAUAGAAGUCAUCAUGCUGACAUAGUAGAGUUGUUGGAGAAUUAUACACAUCAGGCCAUAUAG